GUCAACUGGUAUAUCUGCGGACCAACAGUCUACGAUGUUGCUCAUAUGGGUCACGCCAGGUCUUAUGUCAGCUUCGAUAUAGUACGUCGCGUGAUGCAAGACUAUUUCGGCUAUGACGUCAACUAUGUGAUGAAUAUAACGGAUAUCGACGAUAAGAUCAUCAAGCGUGCUCGCCAAAAGUAUCUUCUGAAGGCUUACUUAGAAAAAGACGUAUCUUUGGAACAACUCAUUACUGAGAUUAUUUCUGCUAUUAAGCAGUAUAAACAGAAGUUCGAAGAAGAAAGUAGCCCCGACAAGAAGAAGAUGAUGCAGCAAGUGCUAACUAUUGUCGAUGCAGCUGCGUCUGAAUUCGAGGCGGCCUUAAAAUCAUCUGAUCAGGCGAAAAUCGAACUGGCUAAAAACAUGUUGUUGCUGGAAGCGGCUGAUGUCUUGGCCGAAUGGCUGGACACGGCUCAAGGAGCAACGGUCACGGACCAUUCAAUAUUUAGUGCUCACGCGAAGUUUUACGAGGAGGACUUCUACAAAGACAUGGCUUCAUUAAACGUGCUGCCUCCAAAUACUGUCACCCGCGUUAGUGAAUACAUAGACGAAAUUAUCGACUUCGUUAAGCAAAUCAUCGUCAAUGGAUAUGCAUAUGUGUCGAACGGUUCGGUCUAUUUUGAUACGAUUGCAUUUAAUGCUUCGCCAAACCAUACGUAUGGCAAGUUGAUUCCAGAAGCAGUGGCCGAUACGAAAAUGAUGCAGCAAGGCAUGCGUGAAGGAGAGGGUGAAUUGAGUGUUAGCGAGGAGCGAUUUAAGGAAAAACGACAUGUUAGUGAUUUCGCCCUAUGGAAGGCAUCAAAGCCGGGCGAACCUUCUUGGCAGUCGCCAUGGGGUGCCGGUCGUCCGGGGUGGCACAUCGAAUGUUCAGUGAUGGCCAGUCAUAUAUGCGGCAAGGUGCUCGAUAUUCAUUCGGGUGGCUUUGACCUAAAAUUCCCGCACCACGACAACGAAAUCGCUCAGUCUGAGGCAUACUUUGGCCAUAACCAAUGGGUCAACUAUUUCCUUCACACCGGCACAUUGAAGAUCGCUGGAUUAAAGAUGAGCAAAAGCUUGAAGAACUUCAUCACCAUUAAAAACGCGUUGAAAUCUUAUACCGCUAGACAAUUGCGCAUUUUCUUUCUCUUCCACAACUGGUCUGACAGUGUUGACUACUCAAUCGUGAGCAUGGAACGCGCGAUCCAGUUCGAGAAGUUCUGUAACGAGUUCUUCCUCACUGUUUCUCACUACCUUCGUGAGUACCUCUGCUCAUCAUCUGGAACUAUCGCUUUCCGCAAGUAUGGCCCAUUAGAGAUGAAUCUGCAGAAUACAUUCGCUUCCUUCAAGCAAGGUAUCCAUGAGGCGUUGUGCAACUCGAUUGAUACCUUUUCCGUCAUCCAGAUGCUUCGUAAUAUCAUCAGCGAUGUCAACGUCUACAUCACAAAGUGCGCGUUUGAAGUAGUCACUCCUAACUGUCCCCUGUUGCGCGACAUUGCUAUUUAUGUCACGCGGAUGUUGAAGAUUUUUGGUGUGAUUAGCGGCGAUGACGAAAUUGGGUUUUCUGAUUCUAACGAUAAGGGUAAUACGGCAAAUAAGGAGGAAAUGGUUAUGCCCUAUCUGAAGGUGCUGACCGACUUCCGAGGAAAGGUGCGCGACUAUGCUCGGGUAAACAGCCUGGACUCCUUGCUGGAGGAGUGCGACAAGUUGAGAGAUAGCAUCUUACCAAACAUCGGUGUUCGUCUGGAAGACCGUCAAGAUCACACCGUGGUCAAGUUAGUCGACCGGGAGACGCUGUUGAAGGAGCAAGAGCAGCAACGACAGCUAGAAGAACAAAAAAGGGCAGAAAAAGAGCGAAUCAAAGCUGAGUUGGCCGCACAGAAGAUGGAAAAAGAAAGUCGGAAGAAAAUACCACCAACCGAGAUGUUUUUGCAGGAGACAAACAAAUAUUCAAAGUUUGAUGAACAGGGUAUUCCAACUCAUGACGCCAACGGUGAGCUACUGAGUAAGAAAGCAAGAAAGAAGUUGGAAAAACUUUAUGAGAUUCAACAGAAAAAGUACAAUGAAUAUCUGAGCGAAGUUGGACAACAUGCGACUUCAUAA